GAGUGCCCAGCGGGGCAGGGAGGGGGAGCCGUGGAAUGGCGGACGGGCGGGCCGGCCCGCCCUGGUGGUAGUGAGAGCGGGGGCGCGGAGGGGACAGCCGCCGACAGGAACAGUGCCUGAAGCAGGUCCACCAUGCCGUUAGUAACGAGGAACAUUGAGCCAAGGCACCUGUGCCGUCAGACGUUGCCUAGCGUUCCGAGCGAGCUGGAAUGCGUGACCAACAUCACCCUGGCAAAUGUCAUUCGACAGCUGGGCAGCCUGAGUAAAUCUGCAGAAGACAUAUUUGGAGAGUUGUUUACUCAAGCCAACACCUUUGCCUCUCGGGUGAAUAUUCUCGUGGAGAGAGUUGACCGCUUGCAAGUCAAAGUCACUCAGCUGGAUCCCAAAGAGGAGGAAGUCUCCUUGCAAGGCAUUAACACCAGGAAGGCCUUCAAAAGCUCCACCACUCAGGACCAGAAGCUCUUUGACAGAGAUUCUCUCCCUGUGCCUGUGCUCGAAACCUACAGGAGCUGUAAUACCCCUCCACCUCUCAACAUCCUCUCACCUUACAGGGACGAUGGCAAAGAGGCGCUUAAAUUCUACACAGAUCCUUCAUAUUUCUUCGACCUUUGGAGGGAGAAAAUGCUUCAGGACACCAAGGAUAUCAUGAAGGAAAAGCGGAAACAUAGGAAAGAGAAAAAGGAGAAUCCAAACCGAGGAAAUGUGAAUCCACGGAAAAUCAAAACCCGGAAAGAGGAGUGGGAGAAGCUGAAAAUGGGGCAGGAAUUUGUGGAGUCAAAGGACAAGCACGGUCCUGCUGGGUUCCCCCCAGCUGUGGUGUACCAGAACGGCAGCAUCGGCUCCAGUGAGAGCAUGGACGGGAGCUGCUUCCCGCCCCCAGCCCAGCUCGAGCCCCUGGUGCCAGUGCCGCCCUCGCUCCCCGAUGACAGCCUGCCUCCACCCCCGCUGGAGUUUAGCUAUCCUGUAGACAACCAAAGAGGUUCUGGUUCUGGAGGGCCCAAACGAUCCAGCCUGGUUAGCCCGAGCCACCCACCACCAGCUCCUCCCAUCGGAUCCCCCUCGGCAGCCAGGCCGGGCUUUGCUCCCCCUCCAGCUCCUCCUCCUCCUCCCCCCCUGAUGGAGAACAGUCCCCCUCCACCGCCCCCCAUGGGCUUCCCCUCCCCGGGCACUCCCCCGCCGCCCUCGCCCCCUUCUUUCCCCCCUCACCCCGAGUUUGCCGCCCCUCCGCCUCCCCCUCCUGCCCCAGCCCUCGAUUACUCCGGUGCUCUCCCGGCUCCGGGCACCGGGGCCGCGCCGCCCCCGCCUCCGCCCCCGCCGCCGCCGGGCCCCCCGCCCCUGGCUCCCGCCGGCCUGGACGGGCCCCCGCCCCCUCCUCCCCCCUCGGACAUCUCCUCGUCCAAGCCCAAGUCGUCCCUGCCCGCGGUGAGCGAUGCCAGGAGCGAUCUGCUGUCGGCCAUUCGGCAAGGCUUCCAGCUGCGCCGGGUGGAGGAGCAGCGGGAGCAGGAGAAGCGGGAUGUGGUGGGCAACGACGUGGCCACCAUCCUGUCGCGCCGCAUCGCCGUGGAGUACAGCGACUCCGAGGACGACUCCUCCGAGUUCGACGAGGACGAGUGGUCGGAUUAGCCGUGCUCCCAGCCCUCCUCCCCUGCUCUCCCGGGCUCGCUUCUCACAGAAUCAGGUGGCCAAGCCUCGCACCACAUCCUUCUCAUCCUCUAACCAAAGAUGUGCCAAGGGUUUUUCAGACAACCAGCAGCAUAUCUCCCCUGUGCCUCCCCUCCAGCUUUGGCAGGAAUCCGUGCUCUGCCUUUCCAAAAGGUCUCCUCACGGACAUGAGGAUGCAGAGUUGGGAUUUAGCUGGAGGGGCUGUAACGGUUGCUUAUUUAAAAGAGAGCUAACCUCCAGAUUUUUGAUGCCACCAGGCAGAGCAUACAUAAACCCUCCAUCCUGAGGGAUUUUUAAAGUAAAGAUGGAUGAUCCUGUUGUGGCCAUGUGGCCUUUUGGAUGAAGGACAUUUUCAGCUGGUUUUCUCAGUGCAACAGCAGACAGUUGAUCUGAUGGCUCUUCCUUGCCAGUGAAUACUGGUAGUGCUGCAAGAAAAUGGGCUUUAAAUGUCAAUUCUCUGCUGCAUCCCACUGUCAAAUAAUCAGGUUUUUGGCAAUAGUGCACAGUUCUUUCCCCCCUGACCCCUGAGUAUUAAUUCCAGAUCACCCUGUGUGGGGUGCACUUCCCAGCUCCCAGGCUGCUGAGUGCCUUGGGUGCAGUGUAAGGAGGGACUUUUUUAUUUUUAGAAGCUGCCUUUACCUUCCUCAAAUCUCCUGGACUGCAUUGCCAAAAGGAGACUUGCACAGAGGGAUGUAAAACUAGGGCAGGAUGCUUCCUCUGCUCCACUCCUGGGAGAGCAGAGCCACUGCCCCACUGAGACACAUCUCUGGUCAGCUCUGAGCAGGGGCCAGACUUUGCCAGGCUGAUUUUCUCCAAUUCAUGCUGAGACUGUGUUUGAAAAUUCCAAAUCCAGUGCCUAAGACAGGGAGAUGGGUGGGGAGGGGUCUCUGGACACCAGGCACUGUGGUGGUCCUUGGCCCUGCCAGGGCAAUUUGAGAGGUGCUUUUUUUAGUGGGGUGACCAUGCUUUAACACAGGGCCUUCAAUGCUGGUAUUGCCUUUGCUUCUUCUCCCUUUUCCCUGGGGAGGGGAGUUUGUGUGCCUAAAAACACCGUGUGUGUGAACUGAGUUGCCCAUCAGUUACAUCAGACCUAACCUACCCUAAUUUUGUUGUUAUAAUUCAUUAGUUAAUUUUAAGAGAACGUUUUUUCUCCUCACUAACCCUGUGAAUUAAUUCCCAGGCUGCUCACUAUAGAUCCAGUACUGGCAGGGGAAAAUGGGGAAUUUGAACUAGCUGACCUCAGUUUUAUUGCUGUUUUAUGUUACCUUACAUAGAAUAUGAGCAUAUCUUGGAAAUCUAACCCAGAUACCCUGAUGCGUAUUUUAAUUUGGACAUGACUCAGUAAGGGUCAUGCAAAAAGCAAUUCCAAAGCCUUUUUGAGGUUAUGGGUCCAGCUGUUGUGGGAUGUGAGUUCCACUAAGACCAACUCUCCCAUCUUUCUCCCUUUCCUAAAGUAUUUCACCAGCCUGUGCCUGUCCCUGUUCCCUGCCUCGCCUCCUUUAAUGAUGUUGCUGGUACCUGGGACAAUGGGCCCUGCCCGAGGCUUGGUGGAAAUCCUGCUUGGGAGUUGAUUGAUGGCUUCAGUUUGUGCCAUGAGUUCUUACUGACUCCUUUUGUGUGUGUGUUAAUCCUGCCCGGGGCAGGGCUGGCCUGGAGGAUGGGCUGGGGUGCAGUGAGACCCCAGAGCUCCCUGGUGGCUGCACCAUGGGUUGUGCCUGCAGGCAGGAUGCAGAGGGCGUGGGCAGCCAGGCAUCCCCCUGGGCUGGGAACAUCUUGAGCAGCAGUAUGCCAGGGUCUGGAGGGGGAACAAACCCCUGGAGUGCUGUGGAGAGACUUGGAAAUGCGAGGGGAUGGUUGCUGAGAGCUGGGUGAGGGGAUGAGAGAGACAGUGCCUCGUGCUGCUGCUCUGAGAGACAAGUUCUGAGGAAAACGGGCCCUGAGCUAAGCCAGGCUGACAGCAGGAUCACACAGGGAGGCAAGGAGCCCAUAGAUGCCAGACCUGGCUGAAUUUGAGAUUGCCUUAACUAGACUCAGCCCUGGCUGGGAGAGGAGAGCGGGUGUUGCUGUGGGAGCAGUGCCAUAUUCUCAGCCCAUGGAUGUGUGUCAGGCCUGGGGCUCUCUGCCUGUUGCACAAGGGUGCUGCUGUAUGGGCAGCUGUGGGUGGAGGUGCUGCUCUGGCCCCCAGGCAGCAGCAGGGAUGCUGGGAACACCCUCUGCUCCCAAACCCCAUCCCAGGGCGGGAUUCAGAACUGCAGGAUCCUGAACAGAAGGGUUGUGGACAGGUAGGGGAGGAUGGUUGUUGGAGUGUUUUUUAAAUCUCCUUUGAUUCCUGCUUUUUCUUUUCUUUUUUUUUUCCCUAAAUCUUUGAUUGCCAAGCAAGCUUAGCCUGUGUGGGGAUCUCUGAGAGACAGCUGCUCUAGAGAGGGACCAUCUCUGAGUGUGGUUGCAAAAUCACAGAGCUCUGGGCCACCAAGUGAGCUCAAUGUUUUUGAAAGCAGUAGGGGAGGAGGGGAGGUGCCAAAAGCAACCUUUGCAAGGCAGAGCAGCUGUGCUGGGAGCGCAGGGCUGCCCCACCACCUCUGCCCUCGUGUCUUGGGCUCUUACUGCUUCCCUUCUGUGGGGCUGGGGCGAGCCACGAGCAUCUCCCAAAGCCCAGGGCAGGAGCUGCUGCUCCCCCCGAGCUGCUGGCCCCCACCACAGCCUCCUGCCCCCCAUCACAGCCUCCUGCCCCCACCACGGCCUCCUGCCCCCCAUCACAGCCUCCUGCCCCCACCGUGGCCUCCUGCCCCCACCACGGCCUCCUGCCCCCCAUCACAGCCUCCUGGGAGCCGCUGGCUGCAGGUCCGGGCAGGCCGGGCCUCCCUCCCUCCCCUCCCCUCCCCUCCCCUCCCCUUGGUUCCCGGUUAAUUAUUCUCCCGGUGUGCUCCCCGCAGUGCCUGCAGCCUCUCCCCGCUGCCCUCCCCCGGCUGGCAGAGUUGCUCGGGCUCAGCCCGUGCCCUUCCCUGCUCCUCCUCCCCUGCCAGAGCAGGGCAGGGGCUCCCGGAGCUCCCUGCUGCCUGGGGAACCGUGCACAGUGUCAUUUCAGGGAAAGGGUAGAGUGGAUUGUCUUUUUUUUUUUUUUUUUUUUUCUUUUUCUUCUUUUUCUUUUUUUUUUGUUUUUUUUUUUAAGAACAUGAACUUAUUUAACGUGUUUCUUUUGGAAGUCCCUGCCCUGGAGGGGCUCUGGGACAGAGCUGCCUGGCAGGGCAGAUGCAGCUGCCCCGGGUCAGGUUUCACUGCUGUUGGAUUUCAGGGGUGCUUUCUUCUCUUCCUUUUUAAACAAAGCCUUGAAGUGGAAGUGGAUCCAAUGUUUUUAUUACUGUAUUAACAUUCAUUUUAAUUCACUUCAGAAACUAACCCAUUUUUAUUCCUGAUUAGAAUGUCAUAGAAUUAGACAUGCUGUAACCCCUCCUGAAGUGCCUUAUUUUCCUACAUGACAUAAAUAUAUUUAUAAGAGUAAUUAUUCCACUUGUAUCUUAGGGGUUUAUUGCUGAGCAGGAGAUAAGGUGGGAGAGGAGGGAUGGGAAAUGCCCUGCGCAGACCCAGCCAGGCUGGGGGCAGAAGGGCCAAGUUGGAUGGAUACUCUCAGGAUGCAGGGGGUUCCUGACUUCAGACCAAAGGAGUUUCAGCAGUGAAACUCUGCUUAGAAAGAAGAAGAAAGGAUGAAAACCCCCCAGACAUGUGAGCAGAAUACCAUGUAUCUGUCAGGUUUGUUUUUACCCCUGCAGAAUAAACACUGAUGGCCGGGCUCUGUAGGGAGGCAGUGCUGUGGGGGAUCAGAGCCCACCCCUGCUCCAUUCUGGCACAUCCCAGUGCAGAUCCUGCUUCCUCUAUUCCCAUGUAAUGUCUGUGCUUCUUUCUCCUGUCGGUUGCUGUAUAAGCCAGAUUUCCUGCUGCUUUGUUUUGUUGUUUUUAAUAAUCAGCUCAGUAACCCCUGGAUGAAGAUUCCAACUGCAAAUAUUUUGUAAUGUACAUGUAUAAAAAAAAAAGAAAUAAUUUUUUUGAUUCUUUUUUAAAACUUGAUAAAACCUUUCUAUCCAGUCA